AUGGUGUUAUUAUCAAAUGCCACGUAUGAGUGGAGGAAUCUCAGAAUCCAGGACUUCAAGUCCGUGGAUGAGUAUAACUCAGCCCUAUUUAAGAUUGUUUCUAAAUUGAAACUGUAUGGUGAGGAUAUAACGGAUAAGGAUUUGUUAGAAAAAGACCUUUUCCACCUUCCAUGCAAUGAAUUGAGACCUCCUGGUUCCACACCAUUACCUGAAGCCAAUAUGGCCGCAGAGGAUAAGAAAGAAUCCAAAGAAAGUAACCACGUCCAUUAUGAUAAACCACACAGCAGUGGCCAUGGUGGAUGGAGAGGACGUGGCCGUGGCCAAUACAGUUCAUAUGGCCGCAUGAAUAGCUAUGGCAGAGGACGUGGGUAUCAACCUGAUUCAGGCCAUGGUCGAGGCAGAAGCCGUGGUAUUUCUAAACCACAAUACUCGACCAAAUCAGUGUGCCAUAGGUGUGGAAUGAAUAACCAUUGGGCUAAGAUAUGA